CGUCUCUCUCUCUCUCUCUCUCUCUCUCUCUCUCUCUCUCCCCCCCUCGGCGAUUGUUCCACCAUUAGCCUCCGCCUGAACACGGCGGAGGAAGUUGGCGAAAUCUUGAUCUUCGGACCGCGAGAAAGCGAAGCUACCGGAUCUGUCUCGAGGAAGGAAUCAUGGACGAGGAGGCGGGAAAACUCGGCGGCUCCGUCGCAGACCAGCAGCAGCGUCAAUGCUAUUACGGCACGUUUCAAGGCGUCGCGAACUAUUAUCCUCCGCCGCAGAUUCAGCCAGCGGUUGCCCCGAAUCCCAUGUUUCCCGGCCCUGUUUAUCAGAAUGUUCAAGGUCAUGGUGGAGGUUUUGUGAAUUAUCCUCAACCUCAAGGAUAUCAAGUUGUUCCCGGUUACACUGUCGUUGAGGUGAGACCGAUGACUGAACAUAGCCUUCCUUGCUGUGGCUUGGGCAUGGGCUGGUUCCUGUUUAUCCUCGGGUUCUUGUUCGGCGGCAUUCCCUGGUACCUCGGGGCAUUUAUCCUUCUUUGCACAUCUGUUGACUACAGAGAGAAGCCCGGAUACAUUGCCUGCGCCAUCGCUGUGAGUUCCUAUCACUGUUUCGUCCCAGCUCUCCCGACAGAGACCGAUGAGCACCCCAAGAUUUACAGGAUGAAGCUCUGGGCCACGAACGAGGUUCGUGCCAAGUCCAAGUUCUGGUACUUCUUGAGGAAGCUGAAGAAGGUUAAGAAAAGCAAUGGACAGAUCCUUGCCAUCAAUGAGAUCUUUGAGAAGAACCCGACAAAGAUCAAGAACUACGGAAUCUGGCUGAGGUACCAGAGCCGAACUGGAUACCACAACAUGUACAAGGAAUACCGCGACAUCACGUUGAACGGUGCGGUGGAACAGAUGUACACCGAGAUGGCAUCCCGACACCGUGUAAGGUUCCCGUGCAUCCAGAUCAUUAAGACAGCCACCGUCCCGGCCAAGCUAUGUAAGAGAGAGAGCACGAAGCAGUUUCACAACAGCAAGAUCAAGUUCCCGUUGGUAUUCAGGAAGGUUAGGCCGCCGACCAGGAAGCUCAAAACAACGUACAAGGCUUCCAAACCCAACUUGUUCAUGUAAAAGGUAUAUGACACAAGGUGAGAUUGAAUUCAUGGUUUUUUGGUUGAAUCAUGAUGAAAGUAUGAAGCUUUUUUGUCUUUGAUGGAUCUUGUUAGUGUUACUGAAGAGAUUGAACUCAUUACUUGUUGGAUUUUUUGCAGUUCAUGAACAGACAUUUUCUCAUUAUGUUUACUUCAA